CAGAUCUGAAACGGCCUGAUUUCAGACGUGCACUCACAUUCUACUAACGAGCAUCUUCACGCCAGUCAGUACAAUAAUUUGUCAUUUUUGGACUUAAAAUAUUUUUCGCUGAUCAUAUUUUAAAUAAACACUUUAACUAUCAACAAGUCUACAUUUAUUCAAGUAUCCUAAGACGAAUCAACAACUCAAAGGUCUUGCUACCUGCAACCGGUAGUCAACGUAAUCAAAGGCGAUUGCUAGAUUACCACAAUGUUGAUGAUUGCAAAAAAAGAUGGAAGAACAUGAAAGAUACAUAUAACAAAAAUAAAAGAAAUAGGAAACUAGGGACAGGAUCAUUUUCAAAAAAUAAGCAAACACAAUGGGCAUUGGCGGGUACUUUAUCAUUUAUGGAAGUUUGUUCUUAUGAACGAGUAGGACUGACUAAUUUUAAGAAUGAAAUGAAUAAUAGUGAAGAAGAAGAUAGCGUAAUACAAACUGUUGAAGAAAAUAAUUCAAAUAAUGUAAAUAAUUUUUCAAGUGUAUCUACAACAGAACCCACUGCAGAACAACCUGAAAUAGAAAAUAUUUUGGAAACAGAAAAAACUAAGUUGCUCAAAGAAAAAAGGCAUUCUAAAAAAAUAAAACAAAAUGAAGUGUCGUUGUUCGACAGAAGUUAUGAUGAGAGACAAAACAUUUUAAACGCCAUAAAUAAAGAUGAGAAGGAUGAGGUCAUGAGGAUCCAACUGAUGCAUUUUUUAAAACAAUGACAUUAACAGUAAAAUCUUUCCCACAACAUUUAAAAAUAAAAGCUAAAAAAGAAGUGUUCAACGUAAUUACAGAUUUGGAAAUAGAAAACUACAAUACCACUACAUCGACAUCAAAAUAAAAGUAUUCGAUCUACAAAUAGUAUAUUUUCAUCUCCAAGUCUUGGUAGAUAAUCGUCAAACUCAGGAUUCUCAACGUAUAAUCUUUAAAAACAAUAUGUUUUGCCAGGGAACAUCCUAAUGACCGAACCUAAUGACCGUCAAUCUGGAAGUUGGAUACUGUUUGCAGGACAAAAUUAUGACCCACUGAACCACUUCAAUACGAAGAAAGCCAGUACCAUAAGUAAACAAAUGAUAAGGUCUGUUAAUUUAUCAUUAGUACUUAUUUUUAUUGUAUGGUUUAUUAUAUUACUAUUUUUAUAACUAUUUUUAUUGUUUCUAUU